CAGUUUACUCCGGGCGCUCGGCGAGGUCGGGCUGUCGCCGUGUGGUGCGCGAAGUAGCACGGUGUGGAGCUUGUUGCACGUGACGUGACGCUCACACGAGUGACUCCGAGUGUGACGAUCGCUCCCGGUGUGACGCCACACAGCUGUUUGGUCACGUGACGCGAUCGGGUUGUGACAGGCCGUAACGCUGCGACUGGCACCUGGCGCAACUCUGUCACAGCCACCUGGCGUAACGCUGUGACUACCGGCGUGACCCCGUGACGGUGGCUGGGUGUGACGCUGAGUCACCGCGAUGCGGGGUACAUAAAGAUGGCGUCGUCACGAGGACUAACACCCAGAUGGUGGCUGGCGGUGGUCGCAGCCGCGGCCGUAGCAGCUGUGUCUGUCGCUGCUUCUCGCCCAGCUGAAGCAGCUGUCACGUUCACCAAUGCUGCCGGUGUCUGUCAGCAGCUGGCCGGCUGUCACUGUCAGCAGCCGGGCGCGCUGCACUGUCAGCUGUCAGACUCUGCCGAGCUGCGCGCUGUCACCGGCCGCCUGCCAACGCUCCCGGACGUCACCCUGGUGGACCUCGUGCUGCGCGACCUGUCCUCCUUGCCGGGAGGCCUCUUCUCGGGCGCGUCGCUCCAGGCUCUCCUGCUAUCCGGGUCGCGGGUGCAGUCGCUUCCCGCUGACCUCCUAACUGGUUUGGAGACCUCGCUGCGUGCGCUGGGUCUCGGCGAGAACAAGCUGGUGGACGUGCCAACAGCGGCGCUGACUGGUCUCACUAGCCUUGAGCGGCUUGACCUCAGUGGUAACCAGCUGCGCCAGGUCAAGGCGGGUGCUCUGCCGGCGCUCGGCAGUCUCGCCGAACUGAACCUCGCCGAAAAUGAGCUCUCGAAGCUUGAUGUUGAUGCGUUCACCACUUUGAUAGCGCUGAGGACUCUGUGGCUGGAGGGGAACCGUCUGAAUGUCACCCAGCUGUCCAGUGGCGCCCUGCGGCCACUGGUCAGUCUGGAGCGUCUCUCGCUGGACCACAACCUCCUGGCAGGUCCUCUGACCUUUCAACUGACCUCCGCCCUUCCCGCUGACCUCACCACACUCUCCCUCGCCGACAACAACCUCACUUCCAUCUCCUCGGGAGCGCUGACUCCGCUCGCCGCCCUCACAUCGCUCGACCUCAGCGGAAACAGGAUCGACGUCAUCGAUGCGCGCGCGUUCGCCGGUCUGCCGCGACUGCGCACGCUCCGGCUGGACGGCAACCACAUCGUGACGCUGCCGGCCGGUGGUCUCUCUGGCCUGAAGGCGCUCACUGAACUCGACCUGAGUAGGAACUCACUUCAGGCGCUCACUGAGGACGUGCUGACCCCCCUGCCGGCCCUGCGCCGCCUCCUGCUGCGGGACAACGACCUCAUCCAGCUGGACGGUCAGCUGCUGCGAGCGCUGCCCGCCCUGAAAAAGGUCGACAUCGCAG